AUGAAGGACUACCUGUCACCAGGACAGAAGCAUAGAAUCUCAGAAACGGGAAAUGAUAACUACUUCUCGUGGUGUGUCGUGUGCCGUGCCACCCGGCGCCCGGGGGUCGGUGGGGCGGCGGGGGCUGCACAGCCCGCCGGGCCGGGCCGCGGUGCACGGCGGCGGCGGGGACGCGCGGUGGCGCCUGCGGAGCGCUCAGCGUGGAGCACUGCGGCGGGAUCCGGUGCGCUGGCAGCGCUGCGGAGCCCGCAACCGGGGGUGGGGGCAGAGAAACGAAAAGCAGCCCCGACCGCGGAGCUGUCAAGGGGAAAACAAGGCGUUUUAGGGUCGCUCAUUCGUCGUCUUCCGGAGUUCUCGCACCAUCCCCGCUUAUCACCCGAUGGCCAGCUCCCGCCUUGGCGGGCAUGCCAGGUGCCUCUCGGCACGGUGCCUCCGUCCGCCAGGCGAGGCACACUGUCCGCACAGCCGGCGACGCGCUGCCCAUCCCGCGGCGUGCGUGUACGCCGGCUCAUUUUGUGGAGUUUCUGCCCCUCUCUGCGUCAGCCCCACGUCACUUUGCCGGCAGCUCCCCGUCUUGGGCUGAAGCAGGAGCCGGAGCUGCUUUAUUAUCAGCUGGAGGGAGGGAGGAGGAGACGGUGCAUAAAGCGGCGAGCGCGGAGCUCUGAGCCCCGCCGCCGCCACCGCUCGCUGCGCCUCCGUCGCCGCCCGCUCGCCGUCCCUCCGGCGGUCAGCGGCCGCCCGAGCCCCCGCAGAUAGGAGCGCAGCCUCCAC